UGACCAGAGGUCCUGCAAAUUCCCACCGUGGGCCCCAGGGAGUGGGCCCGAGCAGGGAGGCGCCCUCCGGCUCCCUCUCCCCGACUUGAAGAAGCAGAAGAAACUGUACCAGCAAAGGCCGGACCCCCCCAGUGGCGGCUGGAGACCCAGCCCUUGAAACGUCAAUCUUCCCAGGGAGCCCAGGCGGAAACGCUGGUUUAGAUAGAGGCGGGAACUGCUUCGGGCUGAGACAGACAACCGGUGACCUGACUGACGCAAACCCCAAACAACGCUCGACUCGGCAGCAGAGAUACGGCCCGAGUCCUGAGGUCGCCAGGGCUCCCAGCUGACCGCCGAAUAACGCUGAGCUUUCCCGUGGCCCAAGUGCACCCUAGAGGCGAAGCUCGAGUGGGCCCGAGCGCAGGGCGCACGCUCUCUAGGGGCGGUGCCUGAGGCCAGAGGGGCCCGAGCGCCUGAAGCGGGCGGAGCCAGGGCGGACAGGGUAGUGCGGCGCACGCGUGGCGGCGACGGUGGUCGCAAUGGCGCCCCCUCAGCGGGUUCGGGUGUUGCGGUGCUCCUGCUGCCGCCUCUUCCAGGCGCACCAGGUGAAAAAGAGUCUCAAAUGGACAUGCAAAGCUUGUGGAGAGAAGCAGUCAUUUUUGCGGGCUUACGGUGAGGGCUCUGGUGCUGACUGUAGACACCACGUCCAAAAAUUAAAUCUGCUGCAGGGACAGAUUUCAGAGAUGUCACUCAGGUCUCCGGAAGAAUCCAUAAAUGCCGAUGAGGAGGAAAAUGCACGUCCUCGGCAGCCUGCGCCUGCAAGUCUGCAGGAAAAACUCCAGCCCUCAAAGAACCGCUGGCUGAAGUAUCUGGAAAGGGACUCCAAGGAACUGGAGCUGGAAGAAGGAGUGUGUUUCAACAGGCAGCCCUCAUCCAAGAGAGAGAAGCCAGACCCUGCCUUCAGUACAGGCCUGCCUAGAAAAAGGAAACGGAGCCAGAGCACAGUCCAGCCUCCAUGCAGCCCUAAUGUCCAGGACUCCAGAAACUGUGAGGUCACCUUGAAGUCCCUGAAGGACCGUUCCCUUCAUUCUGCAUGGAGUACCGGGUCUUUGUCAGACUGUUCAGCUUGGGACCUGCCCUGGGUUUCUGAGGAACUGUCACCUUCAUUUAUCCAGGACCACACUGGCCUGACAGGGAAGGUCAAAGAAGGAAGCAGUCGUGAGGACUGGGACACCAGGGAGCUCGUCGUUCCUCGGGGGGAACCACCAUGUCCUGCCCAGCAGGUCAGGACCAUGUCUCCUAAGUGGGAACAAUUUCUUCCGCCACUUGGAAACAGCUCAUAUUUGGAAACGGAGCCCCUGACCCCCCUGCAAAGAGGCCCCAGGCCAGCCCGGGCAGCACGGGCUGAGCAGGGGACCCCCAGGACCCAGACCCCAAGGGAAGGAGGCCUCUGCAGGACCCCUGGUGCACUCCAGCCUCCUCAGGCUACACACACUCCCACGCCUGGGCCCAAGAGGCUCUGCGGAAAGACCCCCGAGCAGUCAGGGGGCACAGGCCCUUGGGCAGAGGGUGGGCCCUUGGUCAAAGGGAUGCAGGAGCCUUCUUCACUCGUGCGACUGUGUGACCUCUUUAAAACAGGAGAGGACUUUGAUGAUGAUCUGUGAAUUGAAACUAAUGUGUUACUAAUGUAGACAUAUUUGUUAAGUGAGCCCUUCUCCACUUGAUCUCUGUGCCACCGGAAACAGGGCUCCCCAAGUUGCUUUUAAAUAGUAGGACUAAGGAUGACUUAUGGGAACUACCAAGAACCAACAAUAAACAUGACUAUCAAACAGAUCAUCUCUCAUUGCACCAUCUCUGAUUAAAGUGCUUAUACCAUUUAA